AUGCCUUCUGCGGCGCUGCCCCAGUUCAGGAAGUCGGUGCAGGAAACUUCUGCGCGGCAGGGCGCUCGUCGCGCCCUGGUGCUGCGCGAGCCCGCCACCGCACUUGGUGGGGCGCUGGCGGGGGAGAGUAGGACCGACCACAACUAUCUGUUCCCCAACUGCCCCGGGCGGAUCACAGUCACCAGAACCGGCCAGGGGCACAUGCUACGGAGCCCAGCACUCAAGACUUGGUUCGGGCCCGCGCGGAAACGGAGCCUGUGCAGCCAGAAGAGGGUGCGGCUGCUAAGAUUCACGCUGCUAUCUCUGCAACUGCUCUGGCCCAAGUUGUGUUACAACAUGGCAGAGUGCCGCAGAUGCCGUGGGCGCUGGUGCUAUGGCACCACAUGGUUUCGGAGAAAGGAUCUCGAGCUCAGUCUCUGCAGUGCUGAACUGGACGGCAUAGACAGCGAACUGCGGGACCGUUUCCAGUGGCAGCGGCGCUUCGCCGAUGCCCUUAACGGCUACACGAACAAGGUAGUCGAUGCGCUCCAGGCUUUAGUUCAUGUGCACGAGGCCUUGGACAGUGCUGGCAUCUGCGAUGUGGAGGAGUCCGCAGCAAUAGCGCGCGCCCUGAACAGGGGCUUCCGCGAGGCUCACGAGGUGGCGCGCCGCGCCGGGGAGGCCGGCCGGGAGCUGCUGAACACCCAUAGCGUGACCCUGACGGCGGCCAGCGAGGUGCUCCAGGAGGCGGACAGCGCCGCGGCGGAGGCCCGGCGCUACACCCGGAAGCUUGAGUUGCUGCAGCAGGAGGCGGCGGACAGGGACCGCCAGCAGCUCCGCGCGUCCCACAGGGCGCAGGCGCGCCUGGACCGCACCAGGAACAAGCUGAUAACAGCGGAGCGGACAGCCGAGGUGAAGCGAGCGCGCGCCACGGACUCGCUGCAGAGGGCGCUGGACCGCAAGGACAACCUGUGCUCCCUGGCGCGCGACGCCAUGGUGGGCACCGCGCGGGCCUUACGCAGCGCCGUGUCGUACCUCAGUCCCGAUGGGGAGAUCGGCUUCGAGGUCAUGUCCAUGAGCGAGGAUCCGAGCAGCGAGGCGUCGCCCGCCCACAGCCACCGCCCGUUCGGCCUCGAGCUGGGCGACUGGAACCCGAGGCGCCUCUUCCCGGUGCUGCCGCCUCCGAGCCGCGAGGCGUCCGUGGAUCGCCACGAGCGGCUCGGCACCAUCGCCGCGCGGCCAGACAUGGGACCGUCCUUGGACCUGCAGGGGCUGGACGACGAGACGCACCAGGUCGGCAGCGAGGGGCCGACGCCCCGGAGACGAGCAGACCUCGCGGGCCCUGCCCAGACUCCGCGCCGCCGGCUCCCGCGCCGCUGGCAGACCUGCCUGGCAUGGUAUUCCUCGCUCUGCGCCAAGGACAACCUGCCGUGACGCGAGGGCCCCCAGGCCAUCGCAGAUGAGGUGGGUGGGCGGCGUGCUUCAGCGCAAGGUGGCCGCACCAUUGCAAGUGAAGUGGUGGGCCGCGUGCUUCAGCGCAAGGCGGCCGCUGCUGGCUGUCUACGAAGCGGCAACUCGGUGCAGCCUGCCGUGAGAGUUGCCGCGCCAUCGCAACUGAGGCAGUUUCGGCCGUGUGCUCAUGCGCAAGGUGGCCGCUGUUGGCUGCAUAUGAAGCGACACGUCGGACACGGCGAAUGUAAAAUCACAUGAGAAGUUGACAUACCGAAGCGGCCAGGGGAGCGGUCAAACACGCUCGGUUGCCGUUGCAGGUGCGCCCUUUCAAAUGAGAGUGGGAUUGUGUCCGGAAGACCGUUGGUAGCUGGGCGCCAACCAGAUAGUGUCUUACCCAAGUGUGCUGGACUUCAAACCUUUUCGCAGGGAUCUGCCCACAGCUCAGGCUUCGGGAAUACAAAGCUUGACACUGAGGCGUUGAACAGUUCGCAGCACACCGAAAGAGCGCGCAG